AUGGAUAUUCUCAAGGUGCUGUCCCGCGGCACGAAGCGCACAGCCAAGGGCGCAGGCCACGCUGCCAAUGCGCCCGCCAAACUGCCCUCGUCGACCGGCGUCGCGGCCACCAACCCGCAGCUCUACCACGACGAGGUGCGCGGGCAGAAGCGAAAACGGUCCAAGACGGAGAAGCAGUCCCCUCAAGACUCUGCCGCGGAGGAGCUGCCCGACGUCGACUUCUUCGCCCCCAAAUCCGAACCACCCGCCACCACCGCCAACUCGACGAGCAAGAGCGGCGGCGAUCGAACCUCGAGCCCCGUAUCAAAGCCCGCGAAGCGAAUCUCACAAGAAGAGUGCCGCCAGAUCCUGAGGUCUCACCGUCUCAAGGUGACGCUCCUGUCGAAGCGGGAAGAGGAGCCGGACAAGGCCGAGAAGCGCAAGAAGACGAAGAAGAAGAAGGAGGCGGCCGCUGAGGAAUCCAAAAAGGACGACAAGAAAAAGGCGCAGCUGUUUCCGCAGCCGCUGGAGACGUUUGGUCAGCUCCGUAGCACGUACGGGAUCUCGCGGCGCGUUUCCGAGAACCUGGUCGCGCAGAGCUACCGCGUGCCGACCGAGGUGCAACUCGGCAGCCUCCCGCUACUUCUCAAGCCCAAGCAGGCGUUGGGAGACUGCGACGCGCAGGGCCUGGAGAAUGGCGUCGACUUCUUGGCCGUGGCGCCGACCGGAAGCGGCAAGACGAUUAGCUUCCUCAUCCCGGCCAUCAAUGAAAUCAUGCGACGGAGAGGCAUGGACGCAAACGACCGCGACGCGACGACGACACAACACCGUCUCGAGGCACUCAUUCUGGUUCCUACAAGGGAAUUGGCUCAUCAGAUUGUGAAUGAGGGACUUAAGCUACUGCAAGGAACCGGGAUCAAGAUCAUGGCCAUGAAGAAGCAGAUGAACCUUGACACGGAGGAGCACGAUGUGGAGGAAUCAAGCAAAAGUGACGAGGACGACGAGGAGAGCGACGAGGAGAGCGACGAGGAGAGCGACGAGGAGAACGAGGAAGAGGACUACGACGACGACGAGGAAACACCAAAGCGCAGUAACAAAGCCACGGCGGCGAAGCCUGAUAUCCUGGUCACCACACCACAGCUGCUACUAAACUUUCUCACAUCCGGCUCUACGACGACGCACCGCGUACUACCCGAUGUGAGAGACCUCAUUCUCGACGAGGCGGAUGUCCUCCUGGAUGUGCUCUUCCGUGAACAGACAAUGGGAGUAUGGUCUGCAUGCACCAACGUCAACUUGCGAGUCUCAUUUUGGUCCGCGACGAUGGGGUCCAAUAUCGAAGCCAUCGUCACGGACAAGUUACAAUCACGAGCCGACGGGCUGGGCGUGCAACCUAAACCGUUUGUCCGCCUGGUCGUCGGCCUAAAGGACACCGCCGUACCCAACGUUGUCCACAAACUCACAUACACGGCCAGCGAGCAGGGCAAGCUGCUCGCCCUCCGGCAGCUCCUACACCCCACGACGGCAGACGACUCGGGACCUCCCCUACGCCCACCAUUCAUCGUCUUCACGCAGACCAUCGACCGGGCGGCGGCGCUCGCCGAGGAGCUCAAGUACGACAUCCCGCUGGAGGCUGGCGGCGCGACGCGCAUCGCGGCGCUGCACAGCGGUCUGCGCGAGUCGGCGCGGGCCUCUAUCAUGCGACGCUUCCGCGCCGGCGAGGUGUGGGUGCUCAUCACGACGGACGUGCUCGCGCGGGGCGUCGACUUUGCCGGCGUCAACGGCGUGGUCAACUACGACGUGCCCGGGUCGAGCGCGGCGUACGUGCACCGCGCGGGGCGGACGGGGCGGGCAGGGCGGGAGGGCGGCGUGGCGGUGACGCUGUACACCAAGGAGGACAUCCCCUUUGUCAAGACGGUGGCCAACGUGGUGGCGGCGAGCGAGCGGCAGGCGGGCCGGGCGGGGACGGCGGUGCAGCGGUGGUUGUUGGAGGCGCUGCCGGACGUGGCGAAGAAGGACCGCAAGAGGCUGAGGGAGCGCGGGAUCGAGUCGCGGCGCAAGGGGGCGGCGAUCACGUCGACGAGCGGCUACGACAGGCGCAGGGAGAAUAACAGGCAAGGGGCGAUCCAGGGUAGCAAGCGGCGCAAGACGACGAGGGGGGAUGAGAGCGGUGAUGAGGAUGAGUGGGGAGGCAUUGACGAGUAG